AUGGCUUCACCCACGAGAAAAGCAACUGGAGCAGCGGCCACACCACAGCGGCGGCACGACACCGCCACUGGGGUACGCGAGGUUAAUUGCUCAGAAACACCUCAGCGAUAUCCACGCAAAAUCACCGCGACGACAGGUGGAUUGGCAGUCAAGCUUGGAGGGCAAGUAGCUGAUCCACACUGGGUAGAUUGCAGAUGUGUUGCAUGCACGAAGGCUCCACAUCGUCCACUUGUGAGAUCCCCACAGGGUCCAGGGCAGCGCGAGGCAUCAUUGGCCAGAUCGAGUGAAGCUCCGUGUGGAUGCGAGCGUCGGGGGCAAUUGCCUCAAGCAGUGCCCAUUCCCUCACUGCCCACACCCCCAGUGCCCACACCCCCAGUGCCCACACCCCCAGUGCCCAUACCCCCAGUGCCCACACCCCCAGUGCCCACACCCCCAGUGCCCACACCCCCAGUGCCCACACCCCCAGUGCCCAUACCCCCAGUGCCCACACCCCCAGUGCCCACACCCCCAGUGCCCACACCCCCAGUGCCCAUACCCCCAGUGCCCACACCCCCAGUGCCCACACCCCCAGUGCCCACACCCCCAGUGCCCACACCCCCAGUGCCCACACCCCCAGUGCCCAUACCCCCAGUGCCCACACCCCCAGUGCCCACACCCCCAGUGCCCACACCCCCAGUGCCCACACCCCCAGUGCCCAUACCCCCAGUGCCCACACCCCCAGUGCCCACACCCCCAGUGCCCAUACCCCCAGUGCCCACACCCCCAGUGCCCACACCCCUAGUGCCCAAUCCCUCAUCACAACGGAAGCCCAACUCUCUCCUGGAACGAGAGGCGUGUACCUAUGGCAGGCGUCAUAAUGUCAGACACUCCCUUAAGCUCUUCUCAGACCCCUUUAAUUUCUUCAUCUGGGCUCCUAUAGUAACGUCUCUAGCCAUUUAA